UCAUCCAAAAAGGAAAAAAACAAAAAAAAAACAAAACAAAACCAAAACCAAAAAAAAAAAAAUGGCAAGAAUUUCACUAGGGAUAUGUCUGAUGUUAGUAGUAGCAUCAAGUGUGAUCUAUGAAGCGCAAGGAACGUUCUUAUUAAAACUUUACUUGAAGAAGAAUUUUCCAAGAAAAUGCAACGAGUUUACGCCUUUCGCUAACAAGGGUAUGUUGACAUUGGUGACCGAUCUCGAAGGUAGCUGUCCAGCCACUGCCGAGUUCAAGACUUUCUUUACACAGUUCAAGUCUUACAUGUCCUUCAUCGAGACGACAUCGGCCUCAACAAAAAAUGUUGAUGCCGAGAUGACAACCAAAUGUGACGCGCUUUUCAAGGCUAUGUCUGUAUUGAGUGCUGGUAAAGGCGAAAAAUCGGCGGAGGCUGGGGGUAUGAAGGCGACAAUGUUGUCUAUGGGAAAGACUUUGGUUGAGCAGAAGAAGAAUACAAAGAUAAUGACAUUGAAGCAAAAGAAAGAGUUGGUCAUUGCUAUGGUGAAAUGGACUAAAAUGGUCGCUACAUUCGUGAAGUCGGCCUCCGAGAAGAAAGGAAAGUCAAUUAAUAUAGCAUCUUAUGGUCUUGAUGUCGAUGUUAAUGACAGUUCUAUUGUUGGUGGAGCUGCAAGUAGUGAAUCCUCAACUAAAUCUGGAGCGGUUUCCACUAGCGGAAGUGUUUCUACCAAGACAAAAGAAUCGAGUAGUGGAAGUUCUGCCAGCGGAAAUGUUGCUACCAAAUCCAAAGAAUCAAGCGGUGGAAGUGCUGCUACCAAAUCAAAAGAAUCAAGCGCUGGAAGUGCUGCUGGUGCGAAUUUCAAAGACACUACAGGUAAAAAUUCGGGCAGUCCGAGCGGAAGUCCCAAGGCCAGCCCAUCUGGUUCAGUUGGUGGCAAAUCCUCUUCAAAAGAAAGUGCGAGUGCUCAAGGAGGCGCAAGUUCUCAAGGAAGCGCAAGUGCUCAAGGAAUUGUAAAUGCGGCAAGUGCUUUCUCCAAGAACAAAGAAACAAAGACAUCGAGCCAAAGACAAUCAAAAUCAUCGAGCGAAAGUUCAUCUAGUAGCACAACCACCACAACAGUGAAACAAGUCGAGAGUGAGACUUCCAAAGAAGUAAUGUCAUUCAUAACUCAACUCGAGAAGAAGUAUGCAGCAAAGUCGGAACUCAAGGUCUUCUUCGAGUCUCUGAAGUCUUCCAUGCAAGCUUCCGCAAGCGUUGGUUCCAAAACCGCGAAAGACUAUGUUUCUGCCUCAAGAGCAGCUACUGGUAAACUCUCUGAAGCCAUGGCUACAGUUAGUUCAAAAAAUGUCAAAUCAGCAAAGAUGAAGAGCAACUUGGACACCAGCAAAGAUGAAUUGAUGAACUGUGUCAAACAAAUUCAAGAUAUCAACAGUAAAAUUGUGAGUGGCAAAACCGUGUCAUCAGCACAACAGUCAGAGCUCAAGCAGACAAUCACCAAGUGGGAAAAAGUCACCACCCAAUUUGUUGAGACCGCUGCUUCUUCGAGUUCAUCGUCAUCCUCAUCCUCAUCCUCAUCUUCUGCUGCUUCUCAGCAGCAGGGCAGUGCAGGAAUGGUCAAGACUAAUUAAGUUGAUUUAUCGCGCCAAAGAUCACCAAGAAAGACAAACCAGUAAUGCCAAAUAUUAUAAUAAGUAGAUAACUAUUAG